AUGCAAUCGUCCUCUAACAUACCUGUAUUUGAUGUUUUUAAUCCAAUAAUACCUUCGAGUAUUAACAUCUCCGAAUUACCUUUCCACUCACAAGUACAAUGGUCUCAUAAUUUAAUUUACUCUUCCUCUCUGAAUCAAUCACUAAAUUCAUCAACUCCGUACACAAAUUCUACAUUAAAUUCCAAUGUUACUCUCAUGCUCUUUUUAACAUCCUUCUCGGCCACUGUUGAAGUUGUGAUUGCAUGUUCUAUCGGUGCCAUCAUGGUUUUUACAGGGAUUUUAACACCCGAUAGAGUACAAUUUCUUAGUCAACUUAUAUUCAAUGUUUUUAGUCCUACUUUUAAUAUGCAUGCCUUAUCUAGAGCUAUUAGUGUUGAUUCUAUUUAUUCAUUGUGGAUGCUUCCUAUCAUUAACCUUAUUAACACUAUCAUUGGUAAUCUUAUUGGAAGAAUUGUCUUUUUCAAAAGGUUUUGGAGAGGAACUUUAUCAGAAGAACAACAAUCAGUUCAAUUUGUCACUCAAACUUUUAGUAAUGGUGUUACAAUUCCAUUGGUUUUUAUGAGUGCAAUUUGUAAAAUCACAGCUGGAACUUUAUUUAAUAUUGAUGAGGAUGAAGCAGUGCAAUCUGCUAUGGCUUUUAUUAAUGUUUACACAUUGCCAAGUAUCUUUUUGUUUUGGUCGUAUGGUGUUGUGGCAUUGACACCCCCAAAAGAAGAGGAUGAAAAACCCAAGAUUCAAUCCAAAGUUUCAACACCUGAAGGAGAAGAGGAACAACAUUUGGCAUCUCUUGAAGAACAUGAAGAUCAUUCAACAGAGCUCAAGGAGGAUUUGAAUGAUAAUUUACAAAGUGUAGAUAUUGAAGCUCCAAAGGAAAGUGAUGAUCAUCUUUCGAGUGCAAUUGAGGAAAGUCCUAGACCAACAACUUUCAAGGAAAAGCUUUUAAAAAUCUGGAAUGGAGAUAGAGCAAAGAGAUUCAAAUUUAUUUUGAAACAAACAAUUAAUGGACCAGUGAUAGCUUUAACAUUGGGAACAAUUAUUGGAUUGAUUCCACCUGUAAAACAAUUUCUCAUUACAGAUCCACCUCUGGUAGUUAGUGCAUUUGUGCAUACACUUUCAUUAUUUGCAAGUGGAAUUUUCCCUAUUAGUAUGAUUAUUCUUGGAGCUAAUGUUGCAAUGACAUUACAAGUUUCCAUCAAAGCUAGUGCUCAAUCUGAGCAAGGACUUAGUAGAACAGAGAAAUUAAAAAAAUUCCUCAAUCCACUCUACACAUUGAAAUGGAUCAGAAGAACUUUUAUCAAUUUCAAUAAUCCACUAGCAUUAUUCAUUUCAGUAUUUAUCAAAUUGGGUAUUAUGCCAUUGUUGGGAGUUGGAAUCAUUUACUUGGGAACUAAUGUACUUCAAGUCAUUCCACCAAAUCCUGUAUUGAUUUUAACAAUUCUUGUAGAAUGGUCUGUACCAAUGGCUAUGGCUUCAACAACAUUGAGUUCUAUCAAUAAGGACUUUGGACAAAGACAAAUUUGUGAAUUGUUAUUGUUCAAUUAUAUUUUGGCUCCAUUUACAUUAUCUCUCUAUUGUUGGUGGUUCCUUAACUUGUGUUGCCAAUUUACACAAUGUAUUCAAUAAGCAGUAUUACUCUAAUUCCAUAUUAGUUAAAAUUAAGUUAAUAACACAAGAAAAUUCCAUAUUU